CUCUAGCACAUCUGUGAUUAGUGCUUCUGUUUGCUCACAGCCUUUCUCCUUGCUUCAGAAUCCCACUGUGGAAAACAAGUUGUAAGGGAGAGUAGAACUGUUUUGGUAGAGAUAAUGGCCAAGGAAGAAGGAAAAGAAGUAGAGCAGCAAGGCUAUGCGGCCAAGGAUUACACAGAUCCACCACCUGCUCCUUUCAUUGAUGUUGCAGAGUUCAAGCUCUGGUCUUUCUACCGUGCAAUUAUUGCAGAGUUCAUUGCAACAUUGCUGUUUUUAUACAUAACAGUUGCCACUGUAAUUGGGCACAAGAGAAACAGUGCUGACUGUGGUAGUGUUGGUCUCUUAGGCAUUGCUUGGUCCUUUGGGGGAAUGAUCUUUGUGUUGGUCUAUUGCACUGCUGGUAUCUCAGGUGGCCAUAUCAAUCCAGCAGUCACAUUUGGGCUGUUUUUGGCCAGAAAGGUGUCCUUCCCAAGGGCUGUCCUGUACAUGGUAGCCCAGUGCUUGGGUGCCAUCUGUGGUUGUGGACUGGUGAAGGCCUUCCAGAAGUCCUUCUAUGACAAAUAUGGAGGUGGAGCCAACACUGUUGCUCAUGGCUACACAAAGGGUGUAGGCUUAGGUGCUGAGAUCAUUGGUACAUUUGUGUUGGUUUACACUGUCUUCUCUGCCACAGACCCCAAGCGUAGUGCUAGGGACUCCCAUGUUCCUGUUCUGGCUCCAUUGCCAAUUGGGUUUGCUGUUUUCAUGGUGCAUUUGGCUACAAUCCCCAUCACAGGGACAGGCAUCAACCCUGCAAGGAGCUUUGGGGCAGCUGUCAUCUAUGGCCACCAACAGCCCUGGGAUGACCAGUGGAUCUUCUGGGUGGGUCCAUUUUUGGGAGCAGCAGCAGCAGCAGCAUACCAUCAGUACAUUUUGAGAGCAGCAGCCAUUAAGGCCCUGGGAUCCUUCCGUAGCAAUCCACAAAUCUAAACUUCUGUUCUGGUCCUGUUAUGAUGAUCUUCUGUAUUUGUUUCUCAGUUGUGCCAAUAAUGAUGAUGAGGAUUGCUGGCUUCUGUCUGUAAGAUUUGGUGGGUGUAUCAGUGAGAGCUUCGGUGUUAUGGAUUUUGUACAUGCCGCUGAAGCAGCAGUUAAAUUUGUGUAAAAUGAUGAUGGAUUGUGGAAGGCUUUUUGAAAUUUUAUACAGUGUAACAUUAUGUUUUUUGUGCAUUCUCCUCCAAAACCUGUUUAUUCUUCCUCUUUUUGGGCAAACUAAAUAAAAUUAUUUUCAGAGAAUGUUCGCGAUU